UAUCGAAAGAGGAUUCGAAAGGCCCAAUUUCAUUCAUAAAUUAGACCCAAUAUGAAGUACCCGACCUGACCUGAUUCAUAAAUUUCGGUUCAUAUCGAUUACUCUGUAAUCAAUCAUUCCAUCCUGCGAUUCAAGGCGUAAUAUUGAUUCCAUUGGAUUCUGGAUUGCCCACAAUCGGCAUCUUUUUCAUCCCUUUUGUGUUUUCUUCACCAACCGAACAAGGUUGGAGCUUUCUGUAGGACCGAAAUCUGCUCACCCUAUGCAACAAGAUGGUCAUGAAACUGUAAACCCAAGCCAGAGUAAUCGGAAUCAGAAUUCGCAAUACCCAUCUCAUUGUUCCUGAAGUUGCAUACUGACAAGCAACUACAGAGAAAUUAGCUCAUAGCAACUCGAUUGAGCACUUAAUCGAGCAGCAACUCGGUCAAGCAGUUGAUUGAGCAGGUUAGCAAAUUGAACUCCUGGUGUAUAAUUCUUCGAUUUCGAAUAUGGUGUUCUUAAUUCAUGUAUGCUAUUGCUAUCAAUGUCUUAUUUUGACCCAUUUUAACCAAAUCAUAUUUUUGCCCCCACCGACAAAAAAUCUUGUAUACGUCAUUGUUAUAUUAAAUCGUGUUAAACAGUUCGUGUUCGUUUAACCCAUUUAUUAACAAGUUUUUGUUUGGGUAAUUGAAACAUUUAGUAUAUAUUAUAUAAAGUAAACAUUUUCCUUCAUUUUUAUCUUAUAGGUUUUGUAAAACAUACCUACAAGGAGCGCACAUUACAACCAAAGUUGCUAGCCUCAUGUUUGAUUAUUAUUAUUAUUAUUAUUAUUUUUUGAACAUAAAAUUCACACCACUACCACUUGUAUGAGUACUAACCGUUUUGAUCGAUCUUCUGCAAGAUUGUGAAGAAAAUUGGUGCAGGGUCCGUCAUUGUAGAGAUUAUGAGUAUGGCAAGUAGUAAAAAUCUCAGAAAAGUGGUAAAUAAGGUUCUCUUUUUAAAUCAAUACACACCCACCUGGCGACACAUUCGAAAUCACAGUUACACCAAUGUAUACAUGAAAUGGAAAAGUGAUUCAUACUUCGAUUCAAUUGAAUCAAUCCACAAAUCCAUCCAACUCAAACCCAUAAUCGCUCUCAAGAACCGUAUUACAGCCUCUCCAGACAGUUGCAUCCCGGUUUCCGAUGUUUCAAAGAAAGGGAUACAGUUAGAAAUACCCAUUAAGGUUGCUAGGUUUCUUCGAUUAUACCCGUCGGUUUUUGAGGAGUUCAUCGGACCCAAAUACAAUUUACCCUGGUUUAGACUAACCCCAGAGGCUGCAAUCCUUCAUGAUGAAGAACAAGCUGUUUAUCGGGAUUUUAAAGCCGACUUACAAGAAAGAUUGAGAAAAUUGAUACUUAUGAGUGUUGAAAAUAAGUUGCCUUUGAAGAUAAUUAAAGGUAUGUUGUGGUAUUUAGGGUUACCGGAGGAUUAUUUGGACGGAAAUGUUGACGAGUGUUUUAAGGUAGUUGAAAUGGGCGAUGGGCUGAAGGGAUUAUCGGCUGUUCAAACCAAAAAGACGUUGUCGGUGAUUCAGAAGAACGCACUAAGAACCGGAGUUUAUAACGGUGGAAAAAUGGAAUCCAUUUCGUUUCCGAUGUUUCCAUCUAAGGGGUUGAGGUUAAGAAGCAAGAUUUUGGAUUGGUUGGAUGGUUUUCAGAAACUUCCGUAUGUUUCACCAUAUGAGGAAUGCUUGGAUUUAUGCCCGGGUAGUGAUUUGGCUGAGAAACGGGUCGUGGGUUUGCUCCAUGAGUUGCUUAGUCUAUUUGUGGAACAUUCUGCUGAGAGGAAGAAGCUUUUGUGCUUGAGAAAGUAUUUGGGGCUGCCACAGAAAGUUCAUAAGGUGUUUGAGCGACAUCCGUGUAUGUUUUAUCUAUCUUUGAGGAAUGACACGUGCACUGCGAUAUUGAAAGAAGCGUAUUGUGAUAAAAUGGCUAUUGAGGCCCAUCCUCUUGCAACGGUAAGGAGAAAGUAUAUUGAUUUGGUGAAGGAAUCGAAAGUUAUAUUGAAAAACCGAAGGCUGCAAAAUCAUUCUUUUUGCUCGGGUGAAGGGGAUUUGAAGGUUGAAGAUACUCAUAGUGCAAGUCAAUGUCUAUAAAUUCGUUUAGCUCUAUUUCACAUGUGGGUACCGUUGUCCAUCAUGGAUCAAAGGAGGCGAUUGUUGUGAUAAAAGAGAAGGCUGUUGCACAAAUAGAUGUCCAUAUCGGUCUUUGGAACUAAAAAGGCAUUUGGAGACUAGAAGGAACAACUCUUGAAGGACUAAAUCCCGAGCGCUUAUGUUGCUUUGACUAACUAGAACAUGUGUAAGAUUAUUCAGCAAAUUUGCAAAACUCCAAAAUGUUUGUUAUGUUAAUGCAUCCUUUAUAUCUAAUUAUUGAUGAUCUCAGUGGUGAAGGAUAACACUUGAUUAACUUCUGCUCCUUGCACUAUAAAGUGGAAUUUUGUAUAGAUCAUUUGAGCCUUAUAUUUUUAUCCGUAGAAGCAAGUGCACUUUUUGUGCAUGUUUGGUGACCUGUUUAAACAA